GCGCGCUGAACUGGCUGUGGGCCGUGGCUCGCCUUUCGUCCUUCGCUCCAACGCACCGGACACACGUUUCGUACUAUGAGCUCAAAACUUGACUACCUGAAGAAGUAUGGAAUGCCAGGAGGCGAGGAUGACGGGAAGAAGAAGAGGAGGAGGAAGAAGACCGCCGGCGGCGGCGUCGCGAAGGAAGGGAGGGACGCGGCACGAGCAGGCGGCGGGGGCCUUCGGAUAAUCGACGACGAGGCGGGCAUGACAACACUCGACAGGAAGCGUGUCAACAAGGCGUGGGAAGAGGAGGAGACGGAAGAGGAGAAACCUGCCCUGGUGUUAGACGACCCCGACGUGGGGGUGAAAGCGCAGUCCGGCUCUUGGACAACCGUGGGAGUCGGAGCCACCGGCAACGGCGGCGGCACCGACAGGGAGGACAUGUCGCCGCCAAGGAGGCAGAGGAAGCGGCACGAUAGCUCGGACGACGGUUGUGACGCCUCCCCUCCUCGUCGAAACCCGAGAAAUGGCCGCGGCGGGAGAACUGACCCCGGGGACGAUGGAGACGCGUCCCCGCCAAGGAGACAGAGGAGGCGGCACGACAGCUCGGACGACGGGGGCGACGCCUCCCCUCCUCGUCAAAACCCGAGAAAUGGCCGCGGCGGGAGAACUGACCCCGGGGACGAUGGAGACGCGUCCCCGCCAAGGAGACAGAGGAGGCGGCACGACAGCUCGGACGACGGGGGCGACGCCUCCCCUCCUCGUCAAAACCCGAGAAAUGGCCGCGGCGGGAGAACUGACCCCGGGGACGAUGGAGACGCGUCCCCGCCAAGGAGACAGAGGAGACGGCAUGAUAGCUCGGACGAGGAAGACGCCUCCCCUCUACGCAGAAAGAACCCCGUCGCCGCCGCCGCCGCCGGUCGCCGUAAAAGGAGCACCAGGGAAGCGGAAGACGCUUCGCCUCCACGGCGUCCCUCGCGCGGGGGGGAAUCGCUCGAGGAUUCUUCUCCUCCGAGGCGAAACGGCAGUGGCGGAGGGGACAGGGGGCGUCGUGACGCCGGCUACCGUAGCGAGGGCAGGAACGAGCACCGUCACGGAGGUAGCGGGAGAAGAAGUCGCGAGGAAAACAUCAAGGACGGAGACGCGUCCCCUCCCCGUAGAACGCGGCGGGCGGGGGAGAGGCAUGACAGCAGCAGCGGCAGCGAUGGUUCGGUUCCGCGGGAAAGGGCGGGGGCCGCGGCGGGGUGGCGGGGGCGGGAUGAUGAUGCGUCGCCCCCCAGACGAGGAGGACGGCGCGGUUCUUCUUCCCGUUCGGAGGAGGAGGGCGGCGGCGGUGGCGGUAAGAGGCGACGGAGGCAUGACUCUCCGGAGGAGGAUGUGAAGGCGGGUGGCGAUGGCCGUGUGAAAACGUCUUCGGGGUACUACGCGGGACUCCAGUCCGGCAAGGACUUCAAGGUCGUCGAGCAGAACCUCAAGCGCAAGCAUGACGCUGAGAUGAAGGGAGCGGACAAGAGAAGUUCCGGCCAGGGCGCCGAGACUGUGUACCGCGACAAGAAGGGCCGUAAGCUCGACAUGCUCAACGAAUUCAUGAAGUCGCAGGACGCGAGAGCGGGCAAGAAGGUCGAGGAGGCAAAGGACCAGUUCGCCUGGGGCCGCGGGAAGGUGCAGAAGGAAGAGGAGAAGCAGUGGAAGGAGGAGCUGGAGAACAUCGCCGCAGAGCCUUUCGCGCGCACGGUCGACGACACACGGCUGGAGGAAGCGCGGAAGGCCGAGAUACGCGCGGACGAUCCCAUGGCGGCCUACAUGGCCAAGAAAAAGGCCAAGGAAAGGGUGAAGAGCGGAAAGCCCCUCAAGCCAGAGUACAAGGGCCCGCAGCCGAAGCCCAACAGGCACGUUUGGCAUCCGGCCUGGCUACAGGUGGGACGGUAACGACCGUGGAAACGGCUGGGAGUCGCGGAUCAUAGCCAAGGGGGUUGACAACAACUACAAGGCGGAGCUCGCGUACAAGUGGGCCACGGCAGACAUGUAGCGUAGCAAUGCGUCGACGGGAAGGGGUCGAGAUUGGGUAGAGGUAGACGCGUGAAGUGGAGAGUAGGAGUCGAUGUGCCUGUUGAGGAGCAUUUCCGCACUUACAACCAGGCAUCCCUCUUGCGAUACAUCAGCCGGCCGGAGGAGAGGGGAGCGUGGCGCUUACCUUUCCCGAGCUCAGCCGGUAUUGGGCCCACGCAGAUUAUUCUGGGAGGUGGACAGGGAGGGCGUGAUGCAUCGGCUUGGUUCCUGUAUCGUUGGUACAGAUUGCAUUUUGUCGAUUACGUGGGUGUUUUGCUGCGAUAGUUGGGAGUGAGGCAGACGACGUGAAGGGCAACUUAGGACGAAUGUACCUUAACGUACAUUGGUUUGGGUUUCCCGCAGGCUGAGGGGAGGGGGGGGUGGGGUCGAUUGCUGCGCCCUGAACCGCUUUCUGUGAAAGGAGGAGAGAAGAGAGACAGAGGAGGUCCGGUCGUGCAGCAAGCCAACGCGAGUCUGCUGGGCCAAGUAUGAGUUGCCUUGUGUCUUUUUUUGUCGCCGUCUCGACUACCCCGGUGGUUACCGAGGCCUAUUUAGUGUAGGUGCCCCGUCGUCUGGUACUGCAUUCGAUUCGUCGAUGUAGCGUAGGUAGACGGAGGGGGUCAAACACGCAACGGUUGACUCCGGCAAUAGAAAAUGGU